CACCGAGAGACAGACAGAGGACGAGACCAGRACAGAGCUGCGUUUCAACCAACAACCGACAGCUAAAACCAGUCGUGUUUUUGUUCCUGGAAGUGAAACAGCUUCACAAACUUCGCUUCAGUCAGAGGCGGUGCUUUUUUUACUUUGUUCUUCCUCUCGGUUCUGAGCGGUCCGGUCCGGUCCGGUCCAGCCGACUGUGUUCGCAGCACACGGACACAUCUGUUGUGUUUUGAAAUGGGAGCUGGAUGUCCAGUGUUUAGAAAUGCCCCAACAUAACAUGGAGAGCUCGAGGAGCCAGUGGCAGCAGGGUCUGCGGCCGCCGUGGAUCAGCAGAGUGGCCGGCGGUCAGAGUCCCUCCUCCUCAGGGGCAGAGUCUGACACGGAAAGCAGCAGCACUGAGAGCGAGAAGCCCUGUGUUAAAAAGCUGGAGRUGGGUUCACUGAGGGUCCUGCCACUACCAUCAACUGUCCAACAUCGCAUCGCAGAGAUCAACCAACAAAGGGAAGAACUGAAGAUUGAGCUGCAGCUGGAGAUCGCCUUGCUGCAGGGAGAGCUGCAGACGGAGAAGGAGCGGCUGCACCGACAGGCGCAGAAGCUGCUGGUUCUGCAGCAGCAGAACAGGCGGCGAGAGAAGCACAAACAUGCUGACAGGCUCAAGGAGAGAGAGAGUCUGGAGCAGGAGAGGAGCAGGGUGGAGGAGCUGAAGAGGAGCUGUGAGGAGAAAGAGAAACUGAUCCUCAGUCAGCCAGAAAGUCACAAAGAGCAGCUCAGACUGCAGCUGCAGCAGGAGAAGGAGGCGAUGGAAGCUGAAGUUCGGGCUUUUGAAGACUGGGAGUUUCGUGUUCUGGAACAAGAAAGCGGCGUUGACGAAGAGGWCGGCACGUCGGAGAUACUUCAGGAGGGGGGGAGUGAGGAGAUGGAGAAGGAAAUCUCAUGUCAGCAGCACGUGGUCAACACAGCACAGGAGCGAGUCCAGCAGCUGGAGAAACAGCUGAGGGAGAUGGAGAGGGAGAAGGAGAGGGAGCUGAACGCCCUGAGGAAAGAGAAGAGAGAACUCAUCCACACAACUCAAACGGUUCUCAGGGAGAAGAAGGCGCUCACCGAUUGGUCAAACAUCACCGGCUCCUCUCCGUGCAUGAUGUCACUGUCUCCUCUGACAGUUCACAAGCCUCUACAGGAACCAAGCAAAGACGUCAGUUUGCCCAGAAGAAGGAGCUCGCAUCGCAACAGCCGAGCCAGCGACAGGCCGCUUUCAGUCCAGGGGUUGGUGAGAACGCUUCCCAACAGUCAGACCUCCGAGGUCUACGUCUCCCCCGUCUCAUCCCACAGACUCAGCAAUGGGCACAGUAACGGCCUCAGACCCGGGUCCACUAACGGUGGUGCGCUCCUCACUCCGUGCAACAGUGCGACCAGCUCUCGAGCUGCCAGCCCGAGCCUCUUGGACCUGGUAGAGAUCGAGAAGAAGCUGCGAGAAGCCAAGGCAGAAAGAGAGAGGCUGCUCCGAGAGCGGGAAGAGCGACGGCAGUUGUCAUUGUUGGAAGAGAGAAGCCAAAGAGAGCUCAACUCUUCCAGAGAAGAACCACCAGAACCAGAGACCCAGCUGCAGCCGGAACCGGAGACAAAUGACUCACUGCGGGUCAUUUCUUCACCAAAUUCCUCUGAGCAGCGCAGCCUGCCGCUCUUCCUCUCUCCGAACUUUGACCUCCGGGCCCAUGUGGAGUCUCUGGGUCACGGCGUGGCCAGCUGCACGGACCUGCGGAUGACACCUCGGCGCUGCGCGGGCUUCCUGACCAAACGAGGGGGGAGGGUGAAAACCUGGAAGAAGAGGUGGUUUCUGUUUGACACCGACCACAGGCGACUCGCCUACUAUACAGACUGUGAUGAGAGGAAGCUGAAAGGGGUCAUUUAUUUCCAGGCAAUAGAAGAAGUUUAUUAUGACCAUCUGCGGACAGCCACCUCU